AUGGGAGAAAUAAAGCUUUUUGAGAAGUAUAGCUAUGAGGAGGUGAAAGUUGAGAAUAUUUCAUUAAAACCAUACAUAAACCUGACACGUCAAGGGAUAGUACCACAUGCAACAACGAAAAUAACGAAGGGCAAGAUGGGCAAGGCAAAGAUGCCGAUUGCAGAGCGCUUUGUGUGCUCACUAAUGAGACAUGGGAGAAACAGCGGAAAGAAGAUGCUUGCAAUACAUGUGUUUGAAGAUGCAUGCUUUAUGAUUCAUGCGAUGACUGGAAAGAAUCCGUUACAGGUGCUGGUUGAUGCGAUUGUGAAUUCAGGGCCAAGGGAAGACACUGCAAGGAUAGGACGCGCAGGAUCGAUGAGGAGGACGUCUGUGGAUGUGUCAUCACUGAAGAGGAUUAGCAUGGCAAUAGCAAACAUUGCAACUGGAAUCCGCGGAUCAGCGUUCAGGAACAGGAAGACACUGACCGAGGUGAUUGCUGACGAGCUGAUUGCAGCAUCUACGAACUCGCAGAAUUCAUAUGCGAUCAAGAAGAAGGAGGAGAUUGAAAGGAUAGCAAAGUCUAAUCGUUAA